AUGCGUGUCCUCCGCUCCACGUCUAUCGACACGCCACACGCCCUGUCCCCAGCCUCAACCACACGCCACUGUCCCCACCCUCAACCACACGCCACUGUCCCCACCCUCAACCCCACGCCACUGUCCCCACCCUCAACCCCCACGCCACUGUCCCCACCCUCAACCCCACGCCCCUGUCCCCACCCUCAACCCACGCCACUGUCCCCACCCUCAACCACAGCCAUUGUCCCCACCUCAGACCACACGCUCCUGUUCCCACCCUCAACCACACGCCACUGUCCCCACCCUCAACCCCACGAGUCCCCACCCCACUGUCCCCAGCCUCAACCACACGCUACUGUCCCCAGCCUCAACCACACGCCACUGUCCCCAGCCUCAACCACACGCCCCUGUCCCCACCCUCAACCCCACGCCCUGUCCCCACCCUCAACCCACGCCACUGUCCCCACCCUCAACCCACGCCCUGUCCCCACCCUCAACCACACCCCACUGUCCCCACCCUCAACCCCACCCACUGUCCCCACCCUCAACCCACACUGUCCCCAGCCACCACUGUCCCCACCCUCAACCACACGCCACUGUCCCCACCCCACUGUCCCCACCCUCAACCACACGCCCCUGUCCCCACCCUCACCCCCACCCCACUGUCCCCACCCUCAACCACACGCCCCUGUCCCCACCCUCAACCCACGCCACUGUCCCCACCCCACUGUCCCCACCCUCAACCACACGCCCCUGUCCCCACCCCCCCCACCCCACUGUCCCCACCCUCAACCACACCCCACUGUCCCCCCCUACCCCACUGUCCCCACCCUCAACCCCACGCCCCUGUCCCUCAACCCCCCACUGUCCCCACCCUCCCACCCCACUGUCCCCACCCUCAACCACACGCCCCUGUCCCCACCCCACUGUCCACACCCCACUGUCCCCACCCUCAACCACACGCCCCUGUCCCCACCCUCAACCCGUUCACCUAGUGCCAGAGUAGAGUUAGAAGGAGGAAUGAUAAGAGCUGAGCAAGUCUACAAUCUUCUGUUAAACUCAAACUAA